GUAAAUUUUGAGAAAAAUAAUAAUUUUCUUACGGGAAAACGCGAAAGAAUUGUAUAUUUUCUGUUAAAAUUAUUGUCGUUCUACAUUUAAAAAUUAUGGUGAUCCAGUGAUAUUGAAAAUGAAGUUAAUUUUCCUUAUAUUUUUAUUUGCCCUGGAUGUUUGUUUUGCAAAUCCUGACGCGAAGAGGCUGUAUGAUGACUUGCUGAGUAAUUAUAAUAGACUAAUUCGGCCGGUGGACAAAAAUAAUAACACUGUACUUGUGAAACUUGGCUUACGUUUGUCACAACUGAUAGAUUUGAACCUGAAGGAUCAAAUUCUCACAACAAACGUAUGGCUGGAACAUGAAUGGGAAGAUCACAAAUUCAAAUGGGACCCACUGGAGUACGGCGGUGUGAAGGAGCUUUAUGUGCCGUCCGAGCACAUUUGGCUGCCAGAUAUCGUGCUGUAUAAUAACGCCGACGGAGAGUACGUGGUGACAACCAUGACGAAGGCUGUACUCCAUCACACCGGCAAGGUCCUGUGGACACCACCCGCCAUUUUUAAAUCUUCCUGUGAGAUCGAUGUUCGUUACUUCCCCUUUGAUCAGCAGACCUGCUUUUUGAAGUUUGGAUCAUGGAGUUACGAUGGCGAUCAAAUCGACUUGAAGCACAUAAACCAAAAGAAAGGCGAUAUGGUAGAAGUUGGUAUCGAUUUACGUGAGUAUUAUCCAUCUGUCGAAUGGGAUAUCCUUGGAGUACCAGCUGAGAGACACGAACGAUACUAUCCCUGCUGCCAGGAACCAUAUCCAGAUAUUUUCUUCAACAUAACUCUCAGAAGGAAAACUUUAUUCUACACUGUAAACCUCAUCGUACCAUGCGUGGGCAUUUCAUAUCUAUCUGUCCUUGUCUUCUACCUACCAGCGGAUUCGGGUGAAAAGAUUGCAUUGAGUAUAUCCAUCCUUCUCUCCCAGACUAUGUUCUUCUUACUGAUAUCAGAGAUCAUACCCUCUACUUCACUGGCUUUACCGCUCUUGGGAAAGUAUCUUCUAUUUACAAUGUUGCUGGUAGGUCUAUCAGUCGUGAUCACUAUAAUAAUAUUGAAUGUCCACUACCGAAAGCCGAGUACACAUGAAAUGGCGCCUUGGGUUAGAACAUUCUUCAUAACGAUGUUACCCAAGUUACUGCUCAUGCGGGUACCGAAAGAUUUGCUAAGAGAUCUAGCAGCGCAGAAGAUUAUUGGGCGCGGUAAGAAGAAGAACAAGUUCAAGGAUGCGCUUGCGGCAGUUGAAAGAACACAUUCGAAUUCUUCCAGCCCCGAUUCUUUACGUCAUCAUUUGCCAGGAGGAUGUAAUGGUCUUCAUUCUACAACUGCUACUAAUAGAUUCAGUGGUCUGGUCGGAGCUCUUGGGAGUCUUGGUGCUGGCUACAACGGUCUUCCAUCAGUUAUGUCUGGUCUAGAUGAUUCACUAAGUGACAUCACGCCACGGAAAAAGUACCCAUUUGAAUUGGAAAAGGCAAUCCACAAUGUAAUGUUUAUUCAACAUCACAUGCAACGACAAGACGAAUUUAACGCGGAAGAUCAAGACUGGGGAUUUGUGGCGAUGGUGCUCGACCGGCUAUUUCUCUGGAUUUUUACCAUAGCAUCAAUAGUCGGCACUUUCGCUAUUCUCUGUGAGGCUCCUUCGCUUUACGAUGACACCAAACCAAUUGAUAUGGUGCUGUCAUCCGUCGCACAGCAGCAAUUUCUACCGGUUGAGAGUGGUGAUUCUUAAAAAACAAAAGAACUUAGGUCGACGUUACUAGGAUUGUAUACAUAAUGUGACAUUACUUCGAUAUCUGAUGAUCAACCAUUUCUUUUAUUUGAUGUUUCCGUAAAUGAUAUAUUGCCUCCUUGUUUUAAUAAAGGUGAAAAUAAAAUUACAACAGAGCGAUAAAGGUUAUAAUUUGAAACCUGUAUCAUUGUUUAUAAUUUAACUCCAUCUAUUUAUGUAAUAAUGUAUUCAUCUUAGCCAAAGAGGCUGUGAGUAAGAUUAAACUAAGACUUCGACUUCAUAGUUAGUAAAACAACGGUUGAAACGGAUCAUUACGGUAGUUUCGGCUUAUUGUUAGUUAAAUCUAUAUUCUUACAAUCGCGUGAAUUUAUAACGUCGAUUGUAAUGUUUGAAAAUACGUAUUUUAUUCUGUCAACCCACGCAAAGAUUUUGGUACCAUUAAUAAAACUCUAGACGUAAUUAAUCACAGAGUAAUUGGAACUACAAUGAAUCUUAACCUAAGUGGAUUACAAUAAGGGUGGUAGAUCUAUAAAUAGUGAAAACGAGUGUUGUGGUACGCAAGUUCCGUUAUAUUGUGCAGGUUACAGUUGCAAGAUAAAACUAAUUAUUUAGAUAAAACACUCUCUUACGUUAAAAAUAACGAAAUCUUUCAUUCCUUACAACUUACGUAUUGUACGCAAUUAGUAUGCAGUUAAUACGCAAUCUGUUGCAUAUACUACCUUUAAUUCUAUUUAUAUAUCAUAACUGAUAAAAAUGAGUCCUGAAAUGUAUUGACACAUAUGCUUUUACAUAAUAUUUAA